AUGACAUCUUUUCGUGUGAGGCCGUCGGUCUUGUGGUUGACAAGUGCCGACAAUCGCUCGACCAUCGACGUUAUGUUAAAGAAGCGUGCCUCGUGGUACACACCUUCAAUUGACGUACCAACAUCAAUCACCAAAUUACCGCAACGCAAGAAAUGA